ACUACUUUCGAUCCAUCUGAGCCACCGUAGACAAAAACACUCGUAUGUGUUUUCUGAACGCUACCAUAUUAAAUAUUUACAGUACAUGUGAGUUUAGAUUGUACUCAACUAUUGUGUAUAUAACAGCAAAUUAUACGUGCCACGGAGGGUGUACAUGAUGUUUGGCAUUGAUGGCUCGUAACAGAUCCACAAAGAAACUCCGCUGUUUACCAAGUGGCACCUUGGAUUUAAAACAUCCCUGAUUAUUCAGACCUGUUUUAAUAUGAAGACUUUUUUAUGACCAAACGCGACCGUUAAAAUUUGGUUUUGUGUUUCUUUGAACAAACUUUCCAGUGGUAGUUGUAAAGAUUGUAUUCCUCAGAUGAGCAUGGAUCAUGAGGCGUGUGUAAACACAGAUAUUUCUAAACUCGUACGAGGUGAUUUGAGGCGCAGGUGUCCGAUGAUCUGGCAGAGAUACAGUAAACCUUACCGUAUUACAUUUUGAAUGUAUUUUGAAUGUAUUUAACUACGCCUCGUGGAAACAGUGAUGACUCGACAAGUGAGCGUCCUGUCAGGACUGAUUUGGCUCGGGCUGACACAAUGUUGUCACUCCAGAUUAACGCACAACUGCGACAAUGGCAAGACAAAUCUUGUGACAGACCUACCAGAACCUGAUAAGCUCAUCUGUCAAGAGCUCUGGCCACAGUCACAGAUGCAUAUACCUGAUAUUGACACAAAAUAUCCCAUAAAGCCUGCUGAUUAUAUCUGCAUGGACACACCUAUUAUAUACAGUGACCGUAUACCCACCAUUGGUCCUUAUAGGCCAGUUGAGGUAGAGAGUGGAGAGUACCUGUAUUGUCCUCCUCAGCGCUGGCUAAACAACCUCAAAAAAGGAGCACUGGUGCUUCUGUACCACCCGUGUGUCUCAGCGGAAGCUCGCAGGAGUCUGGCAAUGUUGGCUCACUCUUGCCUGCCUCAUUUCAUCCUCACAUCUUACCCCUGGCUAAGCCGACAUAGACCUUUAGCUGUGGUCUCUUUGGGUCGCUCACUUGAGAUGUCUCACAUUACACUUGGGCUUUGUGAUUGGUUGGUUUCCAUUUCCUCCAACAUUAGUCAAUACAGCACAAGCCAAAGAGCAAAGUACAGUCUGUAUUUGACAAAACCAGCACCCGUGGACAGACUCAUGAAUAUCAGUCAAGAGAUGUCCAAAGUAGAGAGAUCAAAGUCUCUAAAACACUGCUGCAUGGAGGCUCUCAGUCUCAGUGUGGUACAGAGGACCAGAGGAAGAACCAGAAAGACCAGAAUGGCCACCCAACAAACAUCAGAGCAAGUGGAACUGAAAACUGAAGUCAAACAAGACAAACUUGACAGCACAGAGAGUGCAAACCUGACAAAUACAGACACACUACCACAAAAUGUUACAAAGGAGAUGGCCUCCUUGGCGGCAGUUAAUGCUACCCAAUCUCUCAGUUUAGUUAAGGACUCUGAGGAACCAGAAGUGAAUGCUAAGGACAAAGAUAAGAAGAUAAUCGAUGCAGAGAAGCAAUUUGUACAGAAUAAAGUGGUUAACCGGCAUAAUGACCAGACCGACAGCAAGUCACUGAAGAACACUAUAGUAGAAGGGAGGAGGCAUCGCAUUAAGUCUGACACAAAGGCACAGAGGUCUGGAUCAGAAUGUGGAGAGCUUGGACAGUGUGGUGUUACAGACCUAAAGUCUCUACAUUUAGAGGGACCCAUGAGGGGGGAAAGAAUCCCCAUUCCACGCACUGACGAGGCUGUGUGGGCAGCAGCCGCUCUGGGCUUCCUGUUGGUGCUGCUCACCCUGUCUGUGCUUCACACGCGCCUCUAUCGGCACUGUCGAUCUUCACCCAGUCUUUACUGGCAUGAUAGCCAGCAAGAUUAUGAGAACGUGGGUGAUAUCAUCCGGCGGAGGCUGAGGAUUGUUGGCCGGAGAAAGAGGAGGAGCAGCCAGAGCAGGAGACAGGAAUGUGCGUUGUUGUCCUUCUCCAGCACUGAAGAGAACUCUGAGUAACUGUCAAGAUUGUUGAACACUAUAAAUCAUGACGAUUGACUCCAGUGUAUGCACACUUGGAUACUUGUUAGAGGAUCUACCUAAUCAUAUGGUACCACUCAAAUCAACUAUUAUGGAAAACUUUAAUCUUUUAUAUACUGUACAGACACUGCUAGGUAGCACAAAAAAAAGACAAUGUUUCAUUAUUCCCUGGUGUCCUGUACUGAGACAUAAUUAAGUGAUAAUACUUUUUUUCCACAGUCUUGUGUACCAGUUAAUAUAAAAUGUCAGUAUAAACCUUUUACACAAUAUCUAUCUGUGGUAUGUCAAGAAAUUAGCUGUUUGCUGUUCCCUGAUCUGCUAGGUUGUUAUAGGUUUUUAGUAGUAAGUGUAAUUAAUUUAGUCAGAAGCCUCUUGUUAGGGAAGAUGCUUUUUCACUUUAUAGCCUCAUCUGUUGGUCUGAGUGCAAGUUUGUUUAUCUCAUGACCUGACACAUUGAGAUAGAUGGCAGCAGAGAGCUCUCCAGUUCCAUUGGCUCUUUAUGAAUACCAGUAGUUUUAUGCAACUUUAGCAGCACUUUAACUGAACUGAUGCUUUUUCAUCCAAGAAUAAACUUAUUGCAGGGUCAGUAUCCUUGCAAUCUCUGGUCAUCCCAAGUAGAGGUGGAGCAAAUAAGGACUAAGAUUAUGAUCGUGUUUGGAUUUUAACCCAUAAACGUUUUCUGAAAAGCCCUGAUUCCUAACCUUUAUGGCAGUGAUUUUCAACUGGUUUUGCUUCAGGACCCAGAAUUUACAUUGGACAUCAAGUGGCAAUCCAAUGCAUUAAAAACCUUUUAUAUGAUGUAGGCUUGGUCACAUUUUAUUUGAUUUUGUAUGGUUUUCAAUUAUAAGGGCAUGUAUCAAGUGGCAUUAUUUUUGUAGUUGAUGUAAACAACAAAAGAUAUGGGAAUUUUAUUUCCCUAUAAGUUGAUAAGCCUAUUAUAUUUUGUAUCCUGUGUAUUUUCUAAUAUUAUACAUCUUUCAAACAGAAAGUGAGACAAAGUGACCCAAGAGCAGAGGAACAGUUCAAAGGAUUUAUUAACAAUAAAUUGUAACUUCAACUGGGCUGGCAAAGAGUGUAGAACUCAGCACCGGCUGCAGGUGUUUGUUGAUUAGUGCAUGCCAUGGCCACACAGUGAGCAGAUCCGUGAGGAAUCCUCAGUGAAGAGUGUGUUAGUUGAGUGUAUGCGUUGUGGUAGUCAGGAGCAGAUCCAUGAGGAAUCCUCUGUUGAAGAGUUAUGGGUGCAGAGAACAAAUGCACAGCAGACUGGAAGGUAACUGCACUCCCGACACAUAGGCAGAGAAGAUGAAUCCUCCGUUGAUAAGUCGUGAGUGCAGAGAAUAAGCGUACUGCAAACUGGAAGGUAACCACACUCCCAAUACGUGGGCAGAGUCAGAACAGAUGGCUGUACAGACUGUACCAAACAGGUACAUUACACGAGACAGGACCAAGUAGGCAGAGAGACUGAGGUAAGUUACUUCACACCAAACAACAAUCUAGCAAAGAUACUGACACAAUGAAGGGAUUAAGCAGGCAGAGAACCAGGUGCUGCUAGGAUGCUAAUUAGUGACAUAAUCAGCGUUCCCAUGGAAACACUGAUCAUGCAUGCCAGCAGUGCCUGAGACACAAGAGGGAGAGAAAUAACAAAACAAACAGAUCAAAUCCAUGAACUCAUCUGAACCAUGACAGUACCCUCCCUACGUCGGGCUCUUUGGUGUGGAACAGAGGGGGCUGGUAACUGAGGCUACACUGGAAGGGUGGCAACCCAUUAGACGACGACUGCAAGGAGUUGUGGACAUACUCGACCCAGACUAAAUGAUCAUUCCAAAAAGACGCCUUACGGGAGGCCACAAAGCAAAGGGUCUUUUCAGUUCCUGAUUUGCCCGCUCCGCCUGCCAAUUGGUCAGGAGAUGGAGCCAAGAGGACAAACUCACCAUAGCCCCCAGCUGUCAGGUGAAUUCAGCCCAAAAAUUAGACACAAAUUGGGGGCGUCUGUCAGAAACCACAUCGACCGGGAAGCUGUGAAUGCAGAAGACAUGAUUUAUGACUGCCACCGCUGCCUUCCUCGCUGUGGAUAAUUUGGGCAUGGGAAUGAAGUGAGCUGCCUUCGAGAACCGGUCCACAAUAGUCAAAAUGAUUGUGUUGCCAUGGGAGGAGGGAGACCAGUUAUAAAACCCAUGGCUAUGUGCAACCAGGGUCUAGAAGGGACAGACAGCGGCCCGGCCAGGGGGUUACAAGAGGUCUUAUUAGUCGCUCAAAUGGGGCAAGCGGCUACGAACCGGCAUACAUCCUGCGCUAGCGAUGGCCACGAGAAUUGCUGUCUAAUGAGCAUCCGGUACAUGUCGCCCCUGGAUGACAAGCGACGUUGGAUGAGUGACCACUGUAUUGAUCUGAUAUGAUUUGAUCCUGUUGAUAUCCCAGUAAAGAUUUUUUUCCUGCUGUCUGCGAACCAAUCUGAACAGACCAGUUGAGAAACACUGCUUAAGGGUAUCAUCACUCCAAGUUUGAACACAGAGUCUGUAUAUUAGGUGCUCAGAUUAUAUGAGUGGUUUCAGCAAACAAUAUACAAUAACAAUGCUUAGAAUAAUUUUUCACAUUUGUUCAUUUAAUUUCUUUUUAUUACAAAUUUCAGAUUUAAAAAAGAAACACAGUAACCACAAUUUCUGGCCCCCGCCCCCUUGUAAUCAAGUUACAGUGGUUUUAUUGUAGGAACAAUAGCUGUAGUAACUGUAGUGUUUUAACUGAAACUAUGGUCACCAUGGUAAAUAUUUAUGUAUUUUGUGUAUUUUUAUGUAUUUAUUCCUUUCAGUGCUGUAUUCAAAUGACAUUCUGUAAUCACAUAAAGAGUGCAAUAAUUUUUCACUAAGGAUUAAGAGAGUCAUUGUCCAGAUCAUGUUUUGGAUAUAGUCUUUUGAAAUGCUUAUCCAUGCAGUCACUGUGAGAAAAGGGCCUGGUGUUAUAAAAACAUAAUAUAACAAGUUCCAACAAACAAUUUGCCAAUUCUUAAUCCUAUCAUGACGAAUGUUGUUGUCGUUACAGGUUCUGACUCUGCUACAAUUACGAGAAAGAGCUAACCUGACUUUUUACAGAUUUUUGAGUCUUGUUGAAUCCAAUUGUCUUUCCAUACUGUAUGUUCUUCUUAAACCUCUUAAUACGAGACUAGAAUUAGUUUUUGUUUUGUCUUUACUCUUUUUUUCUUUUAUUUUUCUUUUUUCUUCAAAGAGUCACCAUGAAUUGCUCACUGUUCAAAAGAAUUAACUGUAUGAUUACCUCAGUGACAAUUUGGCUCCUCUUUUGCAAGUGUGAGUGGUUGUUAGUUGUGCAAAGGUAGUAAUUUGAAAGCCUAAUAAUGAAUACAGUGCAAUCUAUGGAUCAUUGGCCCGUGGAUAUACAUUGUGAAACCAUAGCAGAAAGCAAAUAAUACCACAGUGACAUACGAUGCCAGUUGUUAUUUGUGUAUAUUUGCAGAAUGCAAAAUGUAAAUUUACAAACUAAAAUCUGGAACAAAAAAAGAUUUGUUAUGAAUGUUCAUGUUGAUUUAAAGAGGUUGUAGACCAUUACUGAUUGGUGU